AUGUGUGUAUCUUCUGUGUCCUAUUCUGUGUUGGUUAAUGGGACUGCUGGUAAAUGGCUAACACCUAGUAGGGGUCUUAGGCAAGGGGAUCCUAUUUCCCCCUACCUUUUUAUCCUGUGUGCUGAGGGUCUCUCGUCUCUUCUUAAUGGGGCUGAGGCUAUUGGUUCUUUGAAGGGUGUAGCUGUAGCAAGAGGGGGAGUUAGAGUCAAUCAUCUGCUGUUUGCAGAUGAUUGCCUGAUCUUUGGGAGAGCAAAGCUAACGGAAUGGAAGUGUAUACAGGGGCUGUUAAAGGAAUAUGAAGAGGCUUCUGGGCAGUGCUUGAAUCUUGAGAAGACUACAAUGUUUUUCAGCUCCAACACAAGCAUAACUACCAGAUUGAUUAUAAAGAAUGAAGCAGGGGUUUCCAUUUGUGGUAAUUAUGAAAAGUACCUUGGACUGCCAGCCAUGGUUGGGAGAUCUAAGUUCAAUACUUUCAGGGUCUUAAAGGAAAGGGUGUGGGCUAAGAUCCAUAACUGGAAGAACUCCUUUCUUUCACAGGCAGGUAAGGAAAUUCUUCUGAAAGCUGUAGCUCAAGCCAUCCCCACUUUUGCCAUGAGUGUAUUUAGACUUCCCAAGAGGUUGUGUGCUGAUAUUAACUCCCUUUUAGCCAAGUUUUGA